UCUACCAUGUGCAACAAGCAGAUGUCAUGACAUGGUAUCAGAGGCAGAUACACACAAGUGGUACUCUGAUACGCAGUCCGUGAGUGCUUUGAGAAGGCGACGUCUACUGAAAUGGAGUAGACUGUAACGCCUAGCUGCAUGCCCACCGUUGAGGUCCAAUGCAUGGGCUGUUCUUUAGUGCACUACGUUUCUUUCUUGGAAUUGACAUGCUCAUGCGUUCAUGCUUUCUACUCGUUUCUGGCUCAGCGUUACGAUUUAAUGAACUAAAACUUUAACAAUUCUCUGUAACAUUGUGCGUAAAUACAUUGCGACCCUCUUGAAGGCUGCCACGAAUGACGAUGACUCAGAGGGUUUGGGAUCGCGCUUCCGUCAUCCGGAAUUCCCGCUGCCGACCAGCAAAACGGCAUUUGUCAAGUUUCCAAUUCCACAUCUUUUAAAAAGAGCGACUUGCAAAGGUCACUUUUAUAACCUCAUCUCCAUUCUCCACUCUCAUACCAUCGCAACGUUGCAUCGCCACGCCCAACGCAUAGCCGCUUGGAGGCGAUCCUUCGAGCACAAGCACCGAGACACUGCUUCUCAGCUCUCUGCUGCUAUAGACAACUUUCGACGAGCAUUACCUAAAGGUGCUGACCCUCGAAUUUGCAACGCUCAGAAAGCCCGUACUCUCAGAGUCCCGUUCUUUACUCCACAACGACUUGCCUCAUUACGGCGGCGCAUUGUUCGACAGUCCACAAUGGCCGACGUUGCAUUUGUGCCCCACCAACAACCCAAGGGCCGAAGUUGGUCUUUGUUCUCCUGGACACCGACAUCAGUGACGCUGGCGCAGGCGGCAGAAAACAGGUUGCUCUCUAGAUUUCAGUACUUUAAGCCAGCGAGUACCCUCGUGGGAGCUGCUACACCACAGGAGGCUCGUGAAGCUGUACAAGAAACAACCGAACUGCCAACACCAACCAAAGACAUCUCUCAAGAUAUUGCGUCGGUGCAAUCCACGGAGCCGAACGAGAGUUUGAUUGCCCGUGUGGGCCUUGUAGACGUUGGCGAUGGGCAAAUGAUCAACACACUAGUUAUCGAUCGAACAGAUGAAAAGUUGCAUCAUACCACGGGUGCUGGUAUCCUGCGAAGAGAACUGAGUCAUGGAUCAGGCGGCGAAAUGGUUCACUUGGAACAGGACGUGGCCCCCGUGGAAGAAGUUGGUCGAACGGGCACAAAGAAGAAGACUCUGGUUAUGGCGCACGGAUAUGGGGCUGGGUUGGGUUUUUUUUAUAGGAACUUUGCUGGACUGAGCGACGUCUCCGGCUGGAGAAUCUAUGCUAUCGACUGGCUUGGCAUGGCAAAUAGUAGUCGUCCGCCAUUCCCGAAAUUAAAACGUGGAGCAACGGAUGAUGAAAUCGUGGAAGAUGCGGAGACGUUUUUUGUAGAAUCAUUAGAAAAGUGGAGAGAGGCGAAUGGUAUUGAUUCAAUGACAUUGAUGGGACAUAGUCUGGGUGGUUACCUCUCUGCAUGUUACGCGUUGAAACACCCUGAAAGAGUCGAGAAACUUGUGCUUGUUUCGCCAGCCGGUGUUGGCAAAAUACCAGAAGGUCAGGAAGCGGCACUGAGACGACGUGGAUUCCUACCCGCGCUCUUUACGACGUUGUGGUCAUGGAAUGUUACACCCAUGUCUGUUAUUCGUACGAUGGGGCCCUGGGGUCCAUCACUGGUCCGCAAGUACACAAGUCGUCGGUUUGCCUACCUUGACCAGAGCGACGCAGACGAUCUGCACAGUUAUAUCUAUCAUAUAUCAGCUCAGACCGGAAGUGGAGAGUUUGCAUUAGCAAGAUUACUUUUGCCGGGAGCUUGGGCACGGAAACCCCUUCACGACCGCCUAGCCAAUUUGAAGAUGCCAACGACCUUCUUAUACGGAGCGCACGACUGGAUGGAUUACCACGCCGCCAUGAGUGCCGUUAAAGGAAUGAAGGUACCCACCCGAAUAGCCCGCGUAGCUGAUUCCGGCCAUCACUUGUAUCUUGAUAACCCAAUGGGGUUUAACAAUGCCAUGAUUGCCGAGAUGGUUAAUAAGGAUGUUGCGCGAAAGGGGGUGGAAGAUGUUGAGUAUGUUCAUGUAAAUGACCGGCGGUGAUAUAAGGCUGGCGCUCGAAGCAUAGAUUUUAAUUUAUAGCGAUUAUCGUACGAUUUAUAUGCAAGGAGGUUGAAUCGCAAAUACACGGCGAGUAGAUCUGGUUUAGAUCACGUGACAGACC